GCUGAGCCGCAGAACGGGGGCGUAUCCCUGCGCCGCUGGGCUGGAGGGGGGGAGGCGGCGGCUGAGGCUGGCCCAGGAGUUGGAUGGGGGAAUUGCGGCCGCCUUUACGCGGCGGCGGCGGCGGCGGCAUGGAGGGGCGCGUUUGCGCGGCCGGUGCAAAGGGACCCGCCGCCUGCUAGAGCCAGACAGCGAAGGGGGGAGGAGGAGGAGGAGGAGGAGGAGGAAGGGGGGGGAUCUGCAGCUGCUCCCCCCCGCCUGGAAGUAUGAACUGGCAGCAGAGGUGCUGCUGCUGCUGCUGCUGCUGCUCGCCGCCGCCCCCCCGCCGGUGAGCGAGCAGAGACGGAAGAUGGGGCCCGCGCUGCGGAGCCUACUCCUCUGCAGUUUCUGCGCCCUGCUGCGAGCUGCCCCGCUGCUGCUGUAUGCAAACCGACGUGAUCUGCGAUUGGUGGAUGCUGAAAAUGGGAAAGAGAAUGCUACAGUUGUAGUGGGUGGUUUGGAAGAUGCAGCCGCAGUGGACUUUGUGUUUGUCCGCGGGUUGAUAUACUGGAGUGAUGUAAGCGAAGAAGCCAUUAAACGAACAGAAUUUAACAAAACUGGGAGUAUACAGAAUGUGGUCAUUUCUGGGCUUUUGUCACCUGACGGGCUGGCAUGCGAUUGGCUGGGAGAGAAACUAUACUGGACAGAUUCUGAAACAAAUCGGAUUGAAGUUUCCAAUUUAGACGGAUCUUUGAGAAAAGUUUUAUUUUGGCAAGAAUUGGAUCAGCCCAGAGCAAUAGCCUUAGAUCCUGCAAGAGGGUUCAUGUAUUGGACAGAUUGGGGAGAAGUACCAAAGAUAGAACGUGCUGGGAUGGAUGGUUCAAGCCGCUCCGUUAUAAUAAACACAGAUAUUUACUGGCCAAAUGGAUUGACUUUGGAUUAUGAGGAAUGGAAGCUUUAUUGGGCAGAUGCUAAACUGAACUUCAUCCACAAAUCAAACCUGGAUGGAACUCAUCGGCAAGCAGUGGUUAAAGGUUCUCUUCCACAUCCUUUCGCUUUGACUUUGUUUGGGGACACAUUGUACUGGACUGACUGGAACACUCAUUCUAUUUUGGCUUGCAACAAGUAUUCUGGGGAGGACCUGCGUGAAAUACAUUCCAACAUUUUCUCUCCCAUGGAUAUCCACGUUUUCAGUCAACAGAGGCAGCCAAAUGCUACAAACCCAUGUGGAAGUAAUAAUGGUGGCUGCUCCCACUUGUGUUUGAUGUCUCCUAUCAAGCCUUCUUAUCAGUGUGCUUGUCCCACUGGUGUGAAACUCCUUGAGAAUGGAAAGAACUGCAAAGAUGGUGCCACUGAAUUACUGCUCCUAGCCCGCAGGACGGACUUGAGGCGCAUUUCCUUGGAUACCCCGGAUUUUACAGACAUUGUCUUGCAGCUAGAGGACAUCCGUCAUGCCAUUGCUAUUGACUAUGAUCCUGUGGAAGGAUACAUCUAUUGGACUGAUGAUGAGGUGAGGGCCAUUCGCCGCUCUUUCAUAGAUGGAUCAGCUAGUCAGUUCGUUGUCACAGCACAGAUUGCGCAUCCCGAUGGCAUUGCUGUGGACUGGGUUGCCCGAAACCUUUAUUGGACUGACACCGGCACUGACCGCAUAGAGGUGACAAGACUUAAUGGGACUAUGAGAAAGAUCUUGAUAUCAGAAGACUUGGAAGAACCGAGAGCAAUCGUAUUGGAUCCCAUGAUUGGAUACAUGUAUUGGACUGACUGGGGAGAAAUUCCAAAGAUUGAGAGGGCUGCAUUAGAUGGGUCAGACAGAGUUGUGCUGGUGAAUACUUCGCUUGGCUGGCCAAAUGGACUGGCCCUGGAUUAUGCAGAAAGCAAAAUAUAUUGGGGAGAUGCAAAAACAGACAAAAUUGAGGUCAUGAAUGCAGAUGGCAGUAGCAGGAGAGUUCUGGUGGAGGACAAGCUGCCACACAUCUUUGGAUUCACUUUGCUGGGAGAUUACAUCUAUUGGACUGACUGGCAAAGGCGUAGCAUUGAGCGAGUACAUAAGCGUACAGCAGAAAGAGAAAUCAUCAUAGACCAACUGCCUGACCUAAUGGGCCUGAAGGCUACUAAUGUCCAUCAGAUCAUUGGUGCAAACCCUUGUGCAGAGGACAAUGGUGGUUGCAGCCACCUCUGUCUGUACAGACCUCAGGGCCUUCGCUGCGCCUGUCCCAUAGGCUUAGAGCUCAUCAGUGAUAUGAGGACUUGCAUUGUCCCAGAAGCUUUCCUGCUCUUUUCUCGGAGAGCAGAUAUCAGGCGAAUCUCUUUGGAAACCAACAACAACAAUGUUGCCAUCCCACUUACGGGAGUCAAAGAAGCCUCUGCUCUGGAUUUUGACGUGACGGACAAUCGGAUUUACUGGACAGAUAUCUCGCUGAAGACUAUCAGCAGGGCAUUUAUGAACGGCAGUGCACUCGAACAUGUGGUAGAGUUUGGCUUGGAUUACCCAGAAGGCAUGGCAGUCGACUGGCUCGGGAAGAACCUGUAUUGGGCUGAUACCGGAACAAAUCGUAUUGAAGUGUCAAAGCUGGAUGGACAACAUCGUCAAGUAUUGGUGUGGAAGGAUCUGGACAGCCCCCGGGCACUGGCAUUAGACCCAGCUGAAGGGUUUAUGUACUGGACUGAGUGGGGUGGGAAGCCCAAGAUUGACCGAGCUGCCAUGGAUGGAAGUGAACGUACUACUUUGGUACCAAAUGUGGGGCGAGCUAAUGGACUAACAAUUGACUAUGCAAAAAGAAGACUUUACUGGACUGAUCUAGAUACCAACUUAAUAGAAUCUUCAAAUAUGCUAGGCCUUGACCGUGAGGUUAUAGCAGAUGACUUGCCUCACCCAUUUGGCUUGACUCAAUACCAGGAUUACAUCUAUUGGACGGAUUGGAGCCGGCGCAGCAUUGAGCGAGCCAACAAGACCAGUGGCCAGAACCGGACCAUCAUCCAAGGCCAUUUGGAUUAUGUGAUGGAUAUCCUGGUCUUCCAUUCCUCAAGACAGGCAGGCUGGAAUGAAUGUGCAUCUAGCAAUGGGCACUGCUCCCAUCUCUGCUUGGCAGUUCCAGUUGGUGGUUUUGUAUGUGGCUGCCCAGCUCACUAUUCCUUGAAUUCUGACAACAGGACCUGUAGUGCUCCUACAACUUUCCUGUUGUUCAGUCAGAAGAACGCAAUAAUCGCAUGUGAUAGUGAGCAACAAAGUCCAGAUAUCAUACUCCCUAUCCACAGUCUCAGGAAUGUGCGGGCCAUCGAUUAUGACCCCCUAGAUAAGCAACUUUACUGGAUUGACUCUCGGCAGAACAUUAUCCGGAAGGCACAAGAAGAUGGCAGCCAGAGCCUUACUGUGGUGACAAGUCCAGUUCCCAAUCAGAACCUGGACAUGCAACCCUAUGAUCUGAGCAUUGACAUCUACAGCCGCUACAUCUACUGGACUUGUGAAGCCACUAAUGUGAUUAAUGUGACACGCUUGGAUGGGAGACCGAUGGGCGUGGUGCUGAAAGGAGAAGACGACAGGCCCCGGGCCAUUGUGGUGAACCCAGAGAAAGGGUACAUGUAUUUCACUAAUCUGCAGGAAAGGUCACCCAAAAUUGAGAGGGCAGCACUGGAUGGAACUGAACGGGAGAUCCUCUUUUUCAGUGGGUUGAGUAAACCUAUAGCCCUGGCCCUUGACAGCCAGCUGAGCAAGUUAUUCUGGGCUGAUUCAGAGCUCCGGAGAAUUGAGAGCAGUGACCUUUCAGGGGCGAAUCGAAUAGUUUUAGAAGACUCCAAUAUCUUGCAACCUGUUGGGCUGACAGUAUUUGAAAACUGGCUGUACUGGAUUGACAAGCAACAGCAAAUGAUAGAAAAAAUCGACAUGACUGGUCGAGAAGGACGUACAAAAGUCCAGGCUCGUAUUGCACAGCUCAGCGACAUACAUGCAGUUAAAGAACUAAACAUCCAGGAAUACAGACAGCAUCCUUGUUCUCAAGAUAAUGGCGGGUGUUCGCACAUUUGUAUUGUGAAGGGUGAUGGUACAACCCGGUGUUCUUGUCCGGUGCACCUUGUUCUGCUUCAGGAUGAACUAUCCUGUGGAGAACCCCCAACAUGCUCCCCUCAGCAAUUCACCUGUUUCACGGGGGAGAUUGACUGCAUCCCAGUGGCCUGGCGCUGUGAUGGAUUCACUGAAUGUGAAGACCAUAGUGAUGAAAAGAACUGCCCUGUCUGUUCAGACUCCCAGUUCCAGUGUGAAAGUGGACAGUGCAUAGACAGCAUUUUCCGGUGCAACGGAGAGGCAAAUUGCCAGGACAACUCAGAUGAAAAGAACUGUGAAGUGCUUUGUUUAACCGAUCAGUUCCGCUGCGCCAGUGGCCAGUGCAUUGGGAAAAACAAGAAAUGUGAUCACAACUUGGACUGCAGUGACAGCUCAGAUGAGCAAGGAUGCUACACAACAGAGGAGCCAGCACCACAAGCCAACAAUACCAUAGGCUCGAUCAUUGGAGUGAUCCUCACCGUUUUUGUGGUUGGAGCAAUGUACUUUAUCUGCCAGAGGGUGCUGUGCCCACGCAUGAAGGGGGAUGGGGAAACAAUGACUAACGACUACGUGGUGCACGGACCAGCCUCCGUACCACUUGGUUAUGUGCCUCACCCAAGCUCUCUGUCAGGGUCUCUCCCAGGAAUGUCUCGUGGUAAAUCUGUGAUCAGCUCCCUCAGCAUUAUGGCCGGAAGUAGCGGGCCUCCCUACGACAGAGCCCAUGUCACGGGGGCAUCCUCCAGUAGUUCUUCAAGCACCAAGGGCACUUACUUCCCUCCAAUUUUGAACCCUCCGCCAUCACCAGCUACUGAACGCUCACAUUACACCAUGGAAUUUGGUUAUUCUUCAAACAGUCCUUCCACUCAUAGAUCCUACAGCUACAGGCCAUACAGCUACCGGCAUUUUGCACCUCCCACCACGCCCUGCAGCACAGACGUUUGUGACAGCGACUACGCCCCCAGCCGGCGGGUCACAACAGCAGUGACUAAGGGCUACACCAGUGAUUUGAACUAUGAUUCCGAGCCUGUGCCCCCUCCACCGACACCAAGGAGCCAGUACCUCUCGGCAGAGGAGAACUAUGAAAGCUGUCCGCCCUCCCCAUACACAGAACGGAGCUAUUCCCAUCACCUCUACCCGCCGCCUCCAUCCCCCUGCACGGACUCCUCAUGAGGGCCCCUCCACCCCCUUCCUUAACUGCCUCCACUACAAAAGUGUAAAUACAAAUUGUCCAUACCGGGAGGGGGGAGGGAGCUAUUGGAGAGGGAGGAGGCAGGACAGUGUACAGUUAAAAGUUAUGAAAUGGGGUGGGGAAUACUGGAGAUAUUUGUACAGAAGAAAAAAGGAUAUUUAUAUAUUUUCUUAAACAGCAUCUGCUGCUUGUGCCAUAAGAAGAAAUUUUUGUAUAAAAGAUAGAAAUUUGUACAAAAUUUUUAUUUUUGCAAAUGAAACAAAAAACAUGCCUUAAUCCAGUGAAGUGACCGAGCACAUGAGAAAAUGGAAGGACCAGGACGCGUCACUGUCCAGUGAGGCAAAGUGUGGGGUUCGUCAAUACCAAAAAAGUUUAAAAAAGAAGUCAGUCUCAGAGCAGCAUACCACAGAUAUUUGGAAGUAGCCAAAUAACCUCUACAUUAACUAUGGAGGGCCAGCAAUGAAAGUUAAACUUGAAGAAACAGUCAGGACUGAUAUCAACCAUACACAAAGGGCUUUAUGUUUUCUACAGGAAUACAGCAAUCGUAGCAGUGACUAUAUGUGUUACAAUAUUUUAUUAUAUAUGUGUGUGCAAAUAUAAUGAAAUAUUAGAAUAUAUUGUCACACACUUUUAAAAAUUAAAAUGCAUCUGAAUUUUUUUUUGCCUACAUUUGCAUCACUCCCCCCAUUUUAAAACUUUCUCCAUUGCUGGAAGUUCAAUAAUUUUGUUGGGUACACUUUUAAAAAUGUCUUUAAUUUGUUUUGCAUUUUCCACCCCCGCAUCCUCUGCUUAGAGCCAUUUUGUUAAAUCAAAUUUUCUUGUUUAAAGUACUUCUAGAAUUGGGCUAAUGAAAAUUCAUCCUCUUUUUUUAUUAGCCUUGUGUAGCAGUGCCAAAUUAUGGUUUGGGUUUCUUUAUUCAGCUGAUACCGUAGGGUUCCAUUUUGUACCAGGUCAGCCCAGUUCUCAUGUAAUUGACAAGGGUAAUAUGCAUAUACCUGAAUCGUUUUAGUCCCUUAAAAAUUGUUUUGAUUUAGUGCCCACAAAAUGUCAAGUAUUUUUAUACCACAUAUAAUAUAGACAACAUAUUUAUAAACUAUAAAUUUAACCAUAAUUACUAGUUUUAUUGUAAAUGAAUCCUGUUUCCUUGCAAUACUUUCAGUGUAUAGUUAAUAUCACAGUAUACAAAUCAUUUAUAUAUAUAUUUAUAUUAUUUCCUAGUAAGGAAGCAUUUAAACAUUGUCGAUGGGGGGAUGGGACACAAUCUAUAAGAAAUGGAAUUUUGAUCAUUAGAAAUGUUUCCUCUACUGUGUAUUAACUGUUCAUGUUAGGUAAGCCGGUCUUCUCCGUAUGAUUUCUACAUACCUCCUCUUUUGUGUGGCAUACGUUUAAUACUUUAGUAUUAACCACUGUGAAUGUCAGAUUUUAAGAUAUUCUUAACCAAAUCACUUUAUAUUAGCAUCCUGUAUUUUUGUAUCUCCUUAGCUUCUUUGGCAAUUAGAAAGGGAUAGUAUGCAUUCAUUUUAAAAACAGUUUGCAUGAACUGAAGGGCAACAUAUGAUCUUCUUAACUCUUCCUGACUCCAGUGCAGUGUUUGAGUUCAACAGCCUGAACAAGUGGAGCUCACAAUGGAUCUGAUCUUGGGAUGUGUUACCAAUCUGCUAUUCCCAUUGGUUUUUAAUGGAGUUUCAGGAGCACCUCCAAAGAUCAGACCCUAAAUCUGACCUCUCCUCACAAAGGAUACUGAGGGACUCCUGCAUUGAGGUACUGGGGCUCAGCAUUGGUGUAAUAACUCUUCAUAAGGGCCAGAUGGGUUGACUGCUCUUAGUCAGUUUCUACUAAGAGAUGCAAGCUAAAAACAUUCUAGUUUUAAAUCCCAUACUUUUCAUGAAGUUGUGAGUGAUUCUUGCCCAUGCUCCAUUUCAGCUCGACUGUUGAAGCCUCUCUCGGUUUCAGCUCUAAGGGAAACCAUGAAGUUUGGCAUUCUUGCUUUACCUUUCUAAUAGUUGAAGAUACCCAAGGUAGCUUUUGAGCAAAGUAUUUAAAAAAAAAUUCUGAAUGAUCCUCAGACUAUUGGAAUUGACCAUUGGGUCAGGUGCACUAACUUUUGCAUAAACAUUAACUCAGCUGAUACCUUGAGCUGUCUUCUAGAUACCUAAGAAAUUUUUGGCUCUUCCUGUUGGUGAAGAAACUUGCUUGUGGUCUCCAGUAGGAUGGAUAUUGAAGGUAUUGUGAGCUAUAAAGGGAAAUCCAAUCCAUUUAUAUGAAGAGCGGGAGAGGGUGAGCAGAGGCUGUGGUGCUGAUCAGCAUUGAGACUUCUACGUUGUUUACAUUUUUAAAUGUGCAGCAUUCCGUGUGGGGUUCACAUGUGGAAACUUGCACUAAUGAACUCAGAAGAAUAUUGCAUUGUUAUAUCUCAGUCCAAGUGCUUGUACUGCGAUGUCAAUGGUCUCUACUUGCAGAAUGCUUCAGUGUGCCAAUUUGUUUGUCUGAAAAACUCUGAGGUGGUUCAACUUAAGCUGUGGUAUCCUCUUACGGGGAGCAUCAGACUGUCUCUUUGAGACUGACUUUUUACAAGGACUUUCUACAGAUAACAUAUGCUUGUUAAACUUGACAACUGGAGGGAUUUGUUUUAGAAGAAUUAGCUGUCUGGCUUUGGACAGUAAUGCCCAGAUUUUGUAUUUGCACCCAGAUACAACUCCAUUGAAGUCAAUAGCGGGGCAAGGGAGGGAGAACUUAAGUCAAUGCAGAAUUUGACCAAAUAUAUUUGAACUGUUUCUCUCACUGUGUGCAGCAUGUACUUAAAUAAGCUGCUGCUGCUUUUAUUUUAAUAAGGGAAAACUGUCAGAUGAUGAAGACCAAUUAGGGAGUAAGCUCUUUUCCUGUUCUGAUUUACCAAAGAAUUUUGCUGGAAAAAUUGAGACCUACAUUUGCAAUCAUAGAUAUUUUACAUGAAUCUAAAGUGGAAAUCUUAAAUUGAUUUAAGAUUAAGGAAGUUCCCAUUAAGUAGAUGACCAUAUUACAAAAACGUCACCACAACUAACAUCCUUGUUGGAACAUUCCUGGUGGAUAAGCCAAGGACUGAUUUGACAGAGAGACUGAACAAUCUCUCUCUCUUCCUUUCCCAUCAAAGGAGACAUGGCUUGUAUUGUCUGUAUCCCACGUAAGGGAGCAUGUGCUUUGCUACUUUGAAAUUGACUGAGAAAUGAAGUUUUAAGUCCACUGAACAUUGGCUUCAAGUCAGCAAGGUGCUUCAAUGCUGAAAAUUAAGCAUGCAUUAAGUAGUCCUAUUGACAUGCAUGCUUAAAAUUAGGCACUCUUAAGUGCCUUCCUGAAUCAGAGCCAUAUACAGUGGGGCAUUUUCCUCAAGUGCACCAUGUGUAAUUUAUCCUGCCUGUGCAUCAGAAUGUCUGUAGCUGAAUAUCUGCACAUGGAAAUAAAUUCAUCUUGUUGAAUUGGAGGGAGCAGGGAAAGGUAUAGAUUUUUAAAAACCACAUAGCCCAUUUCAGUAAACACGGGUAUAGGUUUCCCUAGGUGUACAUGCUGGUCACUACACUUAUCUGUAGCUUUGCAUGUUUGAAUUGCGGUUCUCCAAAUGUAUACCUGCCAUAUCCUGUUGCACACUAAAAGGAACAUGCGUGGGUUUUUUUCAUAUUUUUAAAAGCCAGGAGAUUUAUACUACUUUGGGUUUGAUGGGACAUUUUAAUUCUAUUUCCUAAUGAUAGCAUUUUAAAAUCUUAAUAUUCUAGUUUCCAUGAAUCCAAAAUUCAGCCAAGCUGCAUACCUACAUGCAUAUUAAGGCAUUAAAUGAAACUCGGUAAUAUAGAGUUUGCAGUUGAACCAAUUUAUAUCAAAGGAUGAGAUUUGCUGUGGGAUCUGUAAUUUACAAUUUCUUGUGUUCUAAAUCCCAAAUAUAACUCUGUUUGUAUGUACACACAGAGCUUUGCUAAUGUGAAGAUGCCUGAUCAACAGAGCCAAUAAUUUUCUCCCCCACUCCCACCAAUAAUAAUUAAUAAUCCAGAAGGCUCAUCCUGCCUCUCUGCAAAGAGGUAAUGGCAGCUUGUAGUGUUCUCAUAUUACCUAGACUUUAUUGCAUCUACAGAACAUGCUACAGAACAUUUACUACUAUAUCUACAAGAAACUAAUGCUCUGUCAUACUUGAUAAUAAAAAGGAAAAAUUCCAUUGUGAUAUAUUAUCAUUAGUUUGAUAAUUAAUGCAAAUUUUUAGUAAGAAUUUUCUGUGUAUUUUAUAGCUACACAGAAAUCAGUCUGUCAGGCCUCGCUUACUGAUAAAUGAAAGUGUACCUUUAAGCUGCUUGGUGACAGCAGAUAUUACACUCCAUUGCUGGCGCAUGAAGAAUAUCUCCUUUCCUGCAUUGUUGGGCUUUGGUGAUGAUCUGGUCUCUUAAGUUGUACAUUACCCCUACCUUUAUGAUGAAUGCUUUCUAUCAGUGCUCCAUUGCAUGAAUUACACACCCGAACUGAGUUCUGCUUUAUGCCCCCCCCCUUCUUUGAAUGUGUCCAAUCUAUCUAAAUUUUAUUGAAAGGCAACUAUUGUGAGUAUUUCCAGUCUUAUCAGCUUGAUAGACAUUACCUGAAUGCAUUUUAAGUUUUCCUAUUCUAGAGGGAAAUGCUAAAAUUGAAAUUCCUGGGUCAGUUUGUGCAGUUCAAAAAUUUCAUUCUGAAAAGUAAUCAGUUACUUUCCGUGUCACAUUUGUCCCUACUGUGAAGGUCACAUGAUGUAGUUACGGGCAGAAUCUCUGUUUUCUGCAUACACCAUGCAAAAAUAGCUGAUUACCUCUUGCUUCUACCAGAAAGAAUCAGUAAAUGUGUUACUGAUUAUUGAAUGCAAAAGUAAUUUUUAAAUUAUUGUGCAAAGCAGGUUUUCUAACCUUGAAUUUUUCUUUCUUUUGGGAGAAUUUCACUUGAAACGUAAGCCUCAAUUUAUUUGCCAUGUAGAGUAUGCAUAAAUAAAAUUAAUUAGGAAUAGUUCUUGUAGCUAGUAAGUACAAGGCAGGCACACAAUAUUGCAACUUUUUUUUAAGCAUUAAUGGUUCAAAUGCUAUUGGAAAUUGUAGAAUGUUGAGCAAAUUUCUUUAGUAAUUUUUUAAAUAAGGGAAGAAGAUCUUGAAGAUUCUGAAUGAUACUAAAGCAAAAUUAACUGGAGCUGGGAAAUCCAGUUCCAAAGUUAUGCGAGGCACAAUUGGCAAACUAGAUUCCAUCCAGAAGUUAUCUUAGUAAAGUACCCUGGCGUGGUGGGAUUGUUGAAGAGCUGUCCUACAUACUUCCCCAUCUUUUAAAUGAAGAAAAGCUGGGAAAGACUCAUUAAGGCAGCUGUAGCCUUAAGCCAAACAGUUAAGAGUCAAGAAGGGAAAAGAGAAGCGUCUUUUGUAAAGAGGAUACCACCAGGCUUAAGCUGAACAAGCCUUGUUUGCAAGUGAAGGAUCUGGUGCUGCUUUCAGAUUUUAAAUCUUUUUUUUGUUUUUAUCCUUUUUUGUAAGCUUUAAUCACUGUUUGUCAUUGUCUUAAAGCCAGCUGGUGUCUCUUGUUCAUCAACUUUGGUACGAUGGUGCUUUGCAAGGAUGUAUUUAUAUUAUAAUGGCCAACAUUUGGUCAGCCCUAUCCACUCAUUCACUAACUUUUUUUUGUAAAAUAAAGUGCUUUACUUUUAAGCUGUAUAUAAACCUUGUACAAAAAUCCCUUUUCAAUUAUUACUAUGAACUGAGUUGUAACAAAUGAAAUGUUAAUUUUUAUAAUAAAACUGAGUGGGAAAAAAAAAAGUAA